CACCGGGACCUAUUCCCACCACACAACCACCAACUACUGGAGCAAUGACUACACAACCACCAACUACUGGAGCGGUGACUACACAGCCAACAUCUGUUCCCUCUGAGAGGUGUGGUGGUCCUGGAUGGAGGAAGGUGGCAUUCAUUGAUAUGACUAAUACUAGCCAAAACUGCCCUCAAGGACUAACACUGACUGGCUACUCAAAACGAUCAUGUGGUCGAACACAUACAAAUCCAUACUCUUGUUCAUCAGUCACCUUUCCUGUUGGUGGGGGUCAAUACAGUCGAGUGUGUGGGAGAGCUAAGGCUUCUGGCCAGUAUCAAGGAAUUAGUGGUAAUACUGUGCAUACAGCCCAUCGCUGCCCUUGUAACCCAGGCAACACCUACGGCUCUCCUCCUUUUGUUGGUAAUGACUAUUUCUGUGAGAGUGGAGCAAGCUCUCGUUUUGUAAUUAACUAUCGCCUUUUCCCUGAUGAUCCAUUCUGGGAUGGUCAGGGGUGUUUCCAUGGCAACCCAUGCUGUUCAUUGAACAACCCACCAUGGUUUAACCAAACACUACUAACCCCCACAACUGAUGAUAUUGAAAUGAGACUAUGCAUUAAUAAUGGUGCAAUUGCUAGUAAUAUAGCUCUUGAACAAAUGGAACUAUACGUCUACUGA